AUGGCGGAUCAAGUGUUUUACGGGGAACUGGCAAUCUUAGGCCUUAAUGGUGCUUUGGCUGAGUCUGGGACUACUACACGACGCACAUCUAAAAUAUCUUUGUUUAAACGUCGUGAAGCAAACGGAGUUCAACCUGGGCCAGUGAACAAGGUUCCUAAAGCUAGAAACUCAGUUGCAGUGACAAACAGGAAUACACCUGCUAUCUCAUUUACUUUAUCCAGGAAUGUUACAGUAGUUGUAGAAUAUGUACCUGAUCCUAAAGUGGAUAUGUUUCAGAUUGGUCGAAGUACUGAUAAUCACAUAGAUUUUGUCGUGUCGGAGCCAAGACCGCCAGUUAGUCAAGAUGAUCAACAGUAUAUUAAUAAUGAUAAUAAUAUUAAUAAUCAUGAGAAUAAUAAACAGUUUAAAGAUAAUUCAAAAGAGUCUAAUCGUGGUAAUUAUGAAAGUGCAGUUUCACGUUUUGCUUGUCGUAUUCAUGUUGAUCGUGAUCCACCUUACACUGCUCGUUUAUAUGCAGCUGGUUUUGAUGCAUCAAAUAAUAUUUUCUUAGGAGUAAGUAAAAAUGUUUUAUUUUCUAACUCAAAAUAUCUGGAUAAUCCAUGUUAA